CGACGUACGCCAUAAAUUGUUUAUCGCUCGUAUUAAUAAAUGGCGUGGCCUUUGCCUGAUCAGGAACAAGUUUUUUUCUCACAGUUCAUGGUGACCACUUAUAAUUAUUUUUUUUGCAUUAGAAACUCAAUAUUCGCACAUCAAUUGCCCAUUAGGAAAAGAACGAUUAAAUCGACGUCAAUAUUUAUGUCAUAGUCAACGGGGAGUAAAGCGCAGUGCAGACCCGUUGCAGAUCCACCAAGUCGUAGAAAUAAUACUCGAAGGUGAAAGUUUCUUAACCCGAGGAAGAAUCUUACGAAGCAGUCAAGGUAGCGUGCUUGAAACAGGUUAUUCACACGUCACGUCUCGUACUGUUGAGUUUGUAAAAUUGUCGCACAAACACCGUUCUUGGAGAGUGCGUUUGAACGGAGAAUGAACAUCCUUGGCUGCGAAGUUUGCGAAUUAUUGCUUAUCGUAAGUUCCGUCCUUUUGAUUGGUCUGCUGACUGCGGUGUCGCUAUUGAAGUUUUAUGCAUUUAUUACGUGCGGAUAUUUUAGGGACAAAGUGAAAAUGAACGGCAAAACGGUAAUUAUAACAGGCGCCAAUGGAGGUAUCGGUAAGGAAACUUGUAGAGAAAUCGCCCAAAGGGGGGCGAGGGUCAUUAUGGCAUGUCGAAACAUUGUGACCGCCAAGGCCGCUCGGGAUGAGAUUGUCGAAUCUACGAAGAACGAGAACGUCAUCGUUAAAGAGCUAGACCUGUCCUCUCAAGCGUCGAUCCGGAAAUUCGCCGAAGAUAUUUUACGGACAGAGUCGAGAUUGGACGUUCUCAUUCACAAUGCCGGCACGGCCGAAAAAAAAUUGAUCAAAACUGAAGACGGACUGGAGCUCACGAUGGCCACAAAUCAUUUCGGUCCCUUCUUAUUAACGCAUUUGUUAAUCGAUUUGUUGAAAAGAUCGUCGCCAUCUCGCGUGGUGAUAGUCGCAUCCGAGCUUUAUAGGUUGGCUUCGUUGAAUCUGAACAAAAUCAAUCCGGAAAGGUCGUGGUUCCCGCCGUACAUAUAUUACCCAUCGAAAACAGCUAAUAUUUCUUUCACACUGGAACUGGCCAGGCGUCUGGAGGGUAGCGGAGUUACGGCGAACUGUUUGCAUCCCGGAAUGAUCGACUCGGGCAUUUGGAGGAACGUUCCGGUGCCCUUCAACUGGCCCUUAAAGCUGAUCAUCAAACUGUUUUUUAAAACUCCCAAGCAAGGGUGUCAGACGAGCGUUUUUCUGGCCUGUUCCGAAGAGGUGGCGAAUGUGACUGGCAGGUAUUUUAUGGACUGUAAGGAAAGGCAGUUGAACGCCGGUGUUUCGGACAUGUCGAAAGCGAAGAAGCUGUGGGAGCUCUCGGAGAAAUUCGCCAACUUGAAAGCGACCGAUCCGAAAAUAUGAAAUAAUCGAUACGUUCUUUUUUUAAAUAUAUUUAUUAUAGGAAUUGGUAGGUGUAUUUAUUUUUUUGCCCUGUCAAAGUAACAUACAGCGUGUCGGAUGAAGCACUGGACAUUUUGAUGGUACGUAAGAUGUCACAGUACAUGAGGUUACGUAGGUUUUUGACUGUUGUCAAUUUCGCGGUGUUGCCGCUUGUAUCGAAAAAUAGCGUAAAUUUUAAUUUUUUAAACGGGACAACCUGCAUAUCGAACCAUUUCUCCCUCUGCUUGUACGUGCCGAUCAAUACCCCCUUUAUUAUCUAAUAUUUUCAUAGUUAAUUAAAAAUGUCUUCAAUUCAUAUAUCAUGUUAAUAUUAAUUGUUUUAAAAUAAAAGUAGUUUCAAUCAAUGAAACUUUAUUAUUUAAGGGCACUAAAUUAUCCCGUUCGACAUUAUUAUUACUGACAUUAUUUUUCCUUGUUAUUUUUGUUAUGAUUUGAUAUAACGACUUGAACUUUGACCGAUUCCAAAAGAAACCGAUACCCCUCGGAGAAACCGUGCGACACACAUGGACACAAACAAGACCGACUGCUAACUAUUACAACUUUUACAUUACGGUGGGAUCUGUAGGAGCAGACUGGGAACAACCUGUCAUGUGAAAUAGUUUUAAGUUUUGGUUAAUUUGGUUAGAAUUCCCUAAUUUUAAUAGACAUAAUUUUUUGUUUAACCUCAACUUUUAAAUUCAAGUGAGAGGUCCAUCAGUCGCUAAAAAAAGACUUUCUGAGCAAUUCAGGCGUGUUUUAACUGCGCAUCCACUAUGAAACGUAUAUUAACU